CGCAGCUUCGCCAGCUCCAUCCCGUCGCUAUCAUCAUCGGCUGCCCGGCCUCCGCGGGGCUGGACGCCGACGCCGUUCAUCACAGAGACAGUGGGAGGAGGCUGGCACACAUACGAUAUCUUCUCGCGCCUCCUCAAGGAACGAAUCAUCUGCCUAAACGGCGAAGUCGACGAAACCAUGUCCGCGUCCAUCGUCGCGCAACUCCUCUUCCUCGAAGCCGACAACCCCCAAAAGCCCAUCCACCUGUACAUCAACUCGCCCGGCGGCUCCGUGACAGCUGGCCUCGCCAUCUACGACACAAUGACCUACAUCGCCUCCCCAGUCAGCACGAUCUGCGUCGGCCAAGCAGCAUCCAUGGGCUCCCUCCUCCUCUGCGGCGGCCACCCAGGCAAACGCUUCUGCCUCCCGCACUCCUCCAUCAUGAUCCACCAGCCCUCCGGCGGCUACUUCGGGCAGGCGAGCGACAUCGCCAUCCACGCGAAAGAGAUCCUGCGCGUCCGCAGCCAGCUGAACAAGAUCUACAAGCGGCAUUUGACGGGCAAGAAGGAGCUGUCGCUGGACGAGAUUGAGAAGUUGAUGGAGAGGGAUUACUUUAUGGGCGCGAAGGAGGCCCUUGAUAUGGGCAUUGUGGAUGAGAUUCUCGAUCGUAGGGUGCAGGCUGAG